AUGAGUGAAAUCGCAGAAGUUACCAAACUUACAUUAAUUAAUUUGCAAAAUAAUUCCCCAAAAUGUGUUAGUAGAUUUCACUGGUUUAGAGAUGGAUCACGAAUUAAUUUAGAAAAACAAAAAACUACUUCGCUUCUAAAGUCACAGAAUAAACGGCAAAAAGGUAAUGUUAAGGGUGUUAAAAAUGAUGAAUUUCAACAACAAAUUCAAGAGUUAGAAAUCGAAGAACGUAAGGAAGAAUUAGAAAGAAAAAAAUUGGAUAAACCAAUUAAAAAAAUUAGAAAUAGCAUGAAAAGAGAAAGGAUUAAGGGAAGGGCAAUGAAGUUUAAUUUCUAUUAG